UCGGUCUUGUUUCCGUUCAUACUGACCGACGCUCACGUGGCAGCAAAUUGUUUAAUGUUAUCGAUUGCCGAUUAUGAAACCAGUACUCCAGUAAUUUCCUUUUGUUUAUACGAGUUGGCCAUUAACGCAGAUAUUCAGAACAAAGCGAGAGAUGAGGUGACCGAAGUCUUGGCCAAGUACAAUGAAGAUUUUUGCUACGAUGCCGUCAAGGAUAUGACUUACCUCGAAAAGUGUGUUAAAGAAACAUUGCGUAAAUAUGCUCCAGCAAGUGUACAUCCUAGAGAGUGCACUAAGCCCUACACAGAUCCGCACACUGGAAUCGAAAUAGAUCAAGGAACCCUAACGUUUAUACCUGUUCACGGACUUCACAUGGAUCCAAACAUAUUUCCAAAUCCAGAGCGCUUCGAUCCCGAAAGAUUUUCAAAUGAUGCAAUUUCCAGUCGCCAUCCCUGCUCAUGGAUACCUUUCGGUUUUGGUCCCCGAAUGUGCCUAGGAAUGAAGCCUGGGAUUGCAAAGGUUAAAGUAUGCCUGGCGAAGUUACUGCAGCAUUUUGAAUUUUCGACUUCUCACCUAACAGAAAUUCCAUUAGUUAUUAAACCAAGAGCAUUUAUAACAAAAAGCGCAAAUGGAGUAUGGCUCAAUAUGAAAAAAAUUAAUUGAGCUUUCCGAUAAAAGAAAAAUCAGUUAGUGUUCAUAUGUUAAAUAUUAUUACAA